AUGUACUCCGAGACGAUGCGGGCCCUGAGGCGCGCGACCAACGCGAACGUGAAGCACGCGGUGGCUCACGUGGACGACCAGCCCGAGGUGCGGGUGACGAACCGCCUGGUCGCCGACGUGCUCUUGAGGGCGAAGGUCGGCUCCUUGCCGCAAGCGGACGUCGCGUCCGCGUCCCAGUCCAGUCAGAGCGCGACUGGCAUGGUGCCCCGCGUGGACGACGGUGGCGACCCAGAAGGCGAUACGGUGGACCAGGACGGGCUUGCAGACGCCAUCGGCGGGCCCGGUCUGGCCGACGCGGAGGGCACUCCGGCGGAGCUCCGCGGCCAGCGGCGGGUGGAUGCUCUUGCCGGCGUUGUCGAGAACCCCGUUGGGCCCGAAGUCACCCCCCCCGCAGAGGACGACCUGCCGCGGACCCUGCUGGUCGAGGGGGCCCCCGCUCUGCCCCCCGGCCUCGCCGACCCCUACGAGAGCGCCUGCCACAACAACGCCGGGAGCAUGGGCCACCCCGAGAUGUGCGUGCGGCCGUGCCUGUACUUCUCGCAGGGCCAGUGCACGAACGGCAACGAGUGCAGGUUCUGCCACUACCAGCACCCGACCCGGCCCGUGCACCUCGGCAGGCAGCACCGGAAGACCCUGGAGGGGGCGUCGGUGGCCCAGUGCUUCACCAUCUCGCUGCCCGUCCUCGAGCAGAAGCUGGCCACGCUGGGCCUGCCGACGGACACCCUCUGGGCGCACGCGAGCCAGUGCGCCGCGCAGGGCGGAGGCGGCGCCGCCGAGGCGGGCGGCAAGGUCAAGGCCCGGGAGCUGCGGACCCUGGAGAAGGCGUUCGGGGCCCUGUCGCUGCGGUCGCUGCUGGUGGUGCUGCAGAGGAAGACGGGGGCGCAGGCCUCACGCGAGAAGGCCCUGCUGGACACGGUGCUCAAGAAGCUGCGGGAGGUGGGCUACCUCGUCGACAUCGGGGAGGAGGUCCCCAGAGACGAUUGA